CAGAGUAUACACUUGAACGGAGAGACAUCAUAUAUCGCGCAGUGCCUAAAUAGCGGUCGCACAGCUAAAACGUUUGGUUACGGUCGUACGGUUCGUAAAUACUGAAUGAAUGUAUAUUUCCUUCUAUAAAAUAUGGAUGUGCUUUAGUGUGAACGCGAUAGUAAAUUUUUAAAGGAAUAUUAUUAAAAAGGAUUCAAACGGUCGUGUUUACGGAUAAAUUUUGUGUUUUUAAAUAAAUAAAUACAAGAAAUUGUAUUGGAUGUGAAGGUUCAAUAAAAUAUACGAAAAAUAAUAACAGAGAUCAAAGCUUGUUUGAUUAUAUGGUUGAUCGACAGUGUUGCAAAAAUAUUAAAUGCAAAACGGUAACAAAAGUUCAGAUUUUUUGCUAAACGUAAUGUGAUAAAAUCAUAUCAUCCGGAAUUGAGAUAACAAAAAGUGAAUCAAAAAGGUAGAAAUAUUUACUAUUGUGUGCCAAAGAAGAUAGCGUCUGCAUAUACUAAUAAACAAAAGUGGAUUUCAUUGUAGGAUUCAAUCAAAAUAAAAGAAUGAAAUCGAAACCUACUUGACUGGAUCGGAGAUGUGGGAGCGUCGGUUAAUGUUCGGGUCUCUCAUCGGGCUGACAUUUUGCAUAUCGAUAUGGCGAAUAUCAACACUCGAGCCUCAAAUUGUUACCGAAUAUUCACCCUAUUUCAAUGCACCGGCACAGUUUCAAAUGAUACCGAAUGAUACGUCAACAACUAGUGGCAAUACCAUAUCAUAUCCGCCACCAAUUACACUGGAUGAGCUGCCAGCGAGCGAUUUUAGCUCUCUCAUAGAUUUAGAUAAAUUUACGUUCUUGAUGAAUCAAGAUGCUUGCAAUUCGAUGACUGAACAGCCAUUAAUUUUGAUAUUAAUCCAUUCGGCACCAAACAAUUGGCAUAAACGCAAUGUGAUAAGAGAAACGUGGGGCAGAGACGACCCGCGCGCCAAAGUAUUGUUUUUGCUUGGCGCUGUCGAAUCGAAUAGUUUACAACACAAAUUGGAGCAGGAGAACAAUUUGUUCCAGGACAUGGUGCAAGGAAAUUUUCACGAUGCCUAUCGGAAUAUGACCUACAAGCAUGUGAUGGCCUUCAAAUGGUUUAGUUAUUUUUGUCCGGAAGCUAAAUUUUUACUGAAAACGGAUGAUGAUGUGUUCGUGAAUACGCCGACGAUUUUCGAAUUUUUCGAAAAAGGAGUCCUCGAUCGACGCAAUUUGAUUUUAUGCAAUAAAAUCGAGAAUGCUCGUGUUAGUCGCAGCUUUCGAUCCAAGUGGCGCGUCAGUACCAAGGAAUACGCGUCACGCUUCUAUCCGACAUAUUGUCCGGGAUUCUCAAUAGUAUAUUCGGCCGACACUGUGUUCCGACUGUACAAGGAGGCGCAAAAAACGCCCUAUUUUUGGAUUGAUGAUGUGCACGUGACUGGUUCGUUGGCGCAAGCAACAAACUCAACGAUAACGCCUAUCGGUGAUCUGUAUUUGAAUAAACAGCAAAAGAAUGAUGUAAUCAAUGGAUAUCACAAUGCUGUCAGUUCGUUAUUUUUGUUUACUUCGCCCAAUUUGACUGAAAAAGAAAUUCGAGCGCUGUGGAAGCGUGUGAAUGGUAACAGUAGCAGAUAGCUUUUCUUUAAUGUUUAUUUAGUCAUUUAACUGUUAAAUCAAAGAAAUAUGUUAAAUUGAUGUAUCCAAAAUGCUCAAAAGUGAAAAUUUGUUAUUUUUGUAAUUUCUAAUAAUUAGACUUUGCCGUUUGAGCGCAUUAUGAAGCCAUAUUGCAUUUAGAGCCGAUGUGGUUUUCUAGAAACUUUUUUUUUAAAUUUUAUAAUUUCAAAAAGAGUUGUAUUUGCCUAAUGAGUCACUUUAUCGAAAAAAUUGAAGUGUGGAAUUUCUUUCAAGGUGAUAAUGACGUGAAACAAGUAAAAUUUUCGACUGUCUGAUCUGAUCUCGUAGCUAAGCGGAUCUUCUGUUUCUUCUUAGAUUCUCUUUUCACUAAUUAACUGUAAGAGUUCUAACAUUCGAUUUUUGUGUGGUGGUGUCUAUUAACACACACAUCUCUAAAUAAUUGACAUUCCUUCAUGUGAUCAAGCAAAUUAUAAUAGAGAUUUUAACUGUAAAAUAUUUGCAUGCAAUUCGCACGUCAACAAACCUAACGAAAGUUUAACUAAAUUAUUAACAAAAGAUGAUCCCUGUCUUUGAUCUCAACCCAUAAGUAUUAGACCUUAAAUCCUACUAAGGAAAGUGAGAUCCAUAGACUGUUUUGCAUAUUAAUGUUAAUGUAGGACCUCGUACGAAACUUUGUGAGUAGCAUAAAAUAAAAUUCUAGUCUGUUGAAACUGAAACUAAGAGCAAGAUCUGUGUAAAUUGCAUAAUCACGGUAUACACUCGUCCCCUAAGAAAAUGGUAAGAACUUCGACCAGUUAUAACCUAUACAACUCAGGUCUUUUUUCAUUUUCUGAUUAUCAAAAGAUUCCUUUUUUUUAAUUAAUUCGAAAAUACAACUCGAGAAAAAGCUUAGUUCACAAACUUUCAUUUUUCAAAGACUUUAUCCAUUGAACGAUUUGGACCAUUUUGUGUUUAAACGUUAGCAGACGAAUUCCUAACAGCUGAAACGAAUUAUAGGUUUGUGCGACGAAAACUCUUCCAAUCUCAUCGGGCUCUUAACCGUUUAAAUGUUUGCGAACAAUAGCUAUAAAUGAGUGUUUGAUAUUGUAAAAGGCCUAGCAUUAGUUUGUUGAACUUAGAUCUUUAGCACCUUUUGCAUUUGCUAGCUCCCAAACUUGAAUCUAUUUUUGUAUUUUUUUUUUUUUUUUUUGUUAAGUCAAAGUAAAGCAACCAAAUCGAUUGAAAUCAAAAGGAUGAUAAGUAAAUGAUGAAUAUAGUAUGUAUAGUAUAUGCGACAACACAGCCAUGACCGACCAAAUAGGCAUAAAAAUCGUAGCAAAAAUCUUAUAGUAAAUUUUUAAACAAAUGAAAUUGAUAAACAAACAUGUAUAAAUGAGGAGGAUCAGUUAUUGGAAUGUAUACACUAUCACAUCACAUACAAAAAAAAACUGCAAAAAAGGAAAAGGAAUUAAAAACUAAGGCAAAAAACUAUUUAUUCAAAAAUAUUAACAAAACAAAAAAAUCUAUAAGACUUGUUAUAAGAUUAGGGUCUAUUGAAUAUAUUUAUAUUUAAAAAGUAAAAAUGAAUUUAUUAAGUACCUUCUGAAAAGUAAUUGAACUUCAAAAUAAAUU